CGCUGUCAUUGGACGGAGCAAGACAUGCCUCAUCUUUAAACCCUUGAAAGUUGCUUUUGACUGCAGUGUGCAGUUCGGUUUGCCAGCAUUUAUAAGUUUUCGGUCUUGCUGGUGGUAAACAUUAAAGGCAGUGAAGUAUAGUUUAUAUAUAGUAUAGAUUUGUUUGUGCUUAGUAAUGUCAGUGUACAGACCGCUGGUGUGUUUGCUUAAGCAUGGGACAACACUGAGAAUCUGCAGGACAGUCACUACCUGGUCACCUGUAGGAGCUGCUUUCAAUGCCAAAGUCCAGAGAAGACUAGACCUCUUCCAACAAAAUGUGGGGUUGUUUGGCGUCCCGGAGCUCAGCUCGGUGGAUGGGUUUGAGGUGGUCCAGGACAGAGCCCUGCAGGAGACGGAGCAGUUGGUACAGAAAGCCUGCAGCUGCCCUCCAGGAGUCGAGACCGUGGAGACAUUUGACAAACUAUCAGACAGCCUAUGCAGUGUGGCAGACCUCGCAGACUUCAUCAAAGUGGCACACCCUGACCCUUCAUACAGAGAGGCUGCAGAGAAGACUUGUAUAAGCAUCGGUACUAUGGUGGAGAGGCUCAAUACCAAUGUUGAAUUGUGUAAGAGUCUGAAAGACCUUUUGGAUAAUGAAGAGAUUAUGGCCAAGAUGGACCCAGAAAAAAGAAGAGUAGCUGAACUGUUCAUGUUUGACUUUGAGAUAAGUGGAAUCCAUCUGGAUGAAAAAAAGAGGAAAGAAGCAGUGAACCUUAAUGUUAAGCUGUUGGAUCUGAGCAAUCAGUUUCUCAUGGGCUGUCACAUGCCAAACAGAAUAGAGAAGCGAGUUCUUCCCGAACACAUUCACCAACACUUUACCAAAGAGGGCAAAUACAUUCAGAUCGGAGGCCUGCAUGCCGAUGUCCCAGAUGACCUGGUUAGAGAGGUUGCGUAUAAAAUUUUCCUAUACCCCAAUGCAAAUGCGAUGCACAUACUUGAGGAGCUCCUGGCAUCUAGAGAUAAACUCGCUCGAUUGGUCGGUUACGAAUCCUAUGCACAUAGAGCAUUAAAGGGAACCAUGGCUAAAAGCCCAGAGGCAGUCAUGGACUUCUUACAGCUGCUCACAGACAAGCUCUCGGACAGGACAACAAAGGAUUUUGAAAUUAUCAGGGACAUGAAGGCAAAACUCAACCCCAGAAAUCCAGAAUUAAUGCCAUGGGAUCAUCUGUACUUCAGUGGCGUGGUUCGUGCUGAAAGGUUCAACAUUGAGCCAAGUCUGUACAGUCCGUAUUUCUCGCUGGGAGCGUGUAUGGAAGGUCUGAACAGUGUUUUUACACAUUUGUACGGUGUGUCACUGAUGGCUGAGCAGCCCAGCUUGGGGGAGGUCUGGAGCGAAGAUGUACGCAAGCUGGCUGUGGUGCACGAAACAGAGGGGUUGCUGGGAUACAUUUACUGUGACUUCUUCUACAGACAGGACAAACCUCACCAGGACUGUCAUUUCACCAUCCGUGGCGGCCGACGCUUGGCCGAUGGGCAGUAUCAGCUACCAGUGGUUGUUCUGAUGCUAAACCUCCCUCACCCCACUCGCUCCGCUCCCACGCUUCUCAGCCCGGGCAUGUUGGAGAACCUCUUCCACGAGAUGGGCCACGCCAUGCACUCCAUGCUGGGACGCACACACUACCAACACGUGACGGGAACACGAUGCGCAACCGAUUUCGCGGAGGUACCUUCUAUUUUAAUGGAGUACUUUGCCACAGAUUAUCGAGUGAUCAACCAGUUUGCUCGUCACUAUCAGACAGGACAGCCUUUACCACAGAGCAUGGUGGCCCGCCUUUGUGAGUCCAAGAAGGUCUGUGGAGCUGCAGACACGCAACUUCAGGUUUUCUAUGCGGUCCUGGAUCAAGUUUAUCACGGAAAGCCAGAAAAUAAAUCAACGACAGAUAUUUUGAUAGACAUGCAAAAGAAGUAUUAUGGUCUACCGUACAUCACCAAUACAGCCUGGCAGCUGAGGUUCAGUCAUCUCAUCGGAUACGGGGCCAAAUAUUACUCGUACCUGAUGUCACGUGCCGUGGCCUCCAUGGUGUGGAAGCAGUGUUUCUACGAAGACCCCUUAAACAGGGAAACCGGAGAGCGUUACCGCAGAGAGAUGCUGGCGCACGGGGGAGGGAAAGAGCCCAUGCUGAUGGUGGAAGGCAUGUUGCAGAAAAGACCCUCCAUCAAGGACUUUGUGAACGCACUCGUCUCUGACCUGGAGCCUGACUUUGAAACCUUCAUCAUGGACUCAGAGGGCUGAACUGCUGUUGAAGGAUGGGUUGUGGAAAUCCCAGAUUUUGUAUUUCUCAUGUUGGGCGGUAUAGAACUUUAAAAGACUGAAUGAAAUUACUAAUGUCCAUGUGCUAAGAUAGAUCUGGAAUUUAAUGUCCAUGAUUUCAGAAAACCAAUGGGGCUCACAUUUGAUACCCAAUAAGAUCAUAAGAAAUUCUAUUCAGCCUAUUAUUAGAACUAUUAAGGCUUUUUAACAUUGUGUUGUUUUUCAUGAUGAAAUAUUACUGUAAUAUUGUAGCAACGACCAUUGAAAAGAAGAAUUACGUAAAGAUUUUGGUGAAAUUGUAAAUCUUGGUUUCCAAGAACUACCAAAUGUGUAUAUAUGACAAAGUGUGUGUAAUAAAUAAUCUCAAAUAAAAAUG